AGGUCUAAAAUAAAACACCAGAAAAGUCUUCUUCAUCCCGGCAAAGCACCUCUCACUCCCCUUCUUCAGCACAUGCUUCCACUCUCUUUCCAUUUCCUCUUCUUCUAAUAAAUCUCUACCUUCUUCACAUUCUUCUUAAAACCACACACACACACAGUGAUUAUACUCCCCGAAAAUGGCAAUGGAAGGAGCAGGAGCAGAAUCGAACUACAAUUCGUCAGCUGAAAGUCAGCUGGAGCAAUCUUCCCCUCGCAAAUCUCCGCCUUCUUCUCCUCCUUCUCAAGACCAUGAGGAGAAGACAACUUAUGCCAAGUUCCUUCUAUCAAAUGCUGAAGCCGGUUCAAUUAUUGGAAAAGGUGGUUCAACUAUCACUGAGUUUCAAUCUCGUUCUGGGGCUAGAAUUCAGUUGUCACGCAACUUUGAAUUUUUCCCUGGAACAUCAGAUAGAGUUGUGAUGGUAUCUGGGUUGCUCGAUGACUUACUCAAGGCAGUUGAUCUUAUUCUUGGUAAAUUGCUAGAUGAGUUUUAUGUUGAAGAUGGUGGCGAUGCUGAACCACGCUCAAGAUUUAGACUAGUUGUGCCCAACAGCUCAUGUGGUGGAAUAAUUGGGAAAGGAGGAGCCACAAUAAAGUCAUUUAUUGAAGACUCCAGGGCUGGCAUAAAAAUAUCUCCUCAGGAUAACAAUUUCCCAGGACUGCAUGAUAGGGUAGUUACAGUGACCGGAACUCUAGACGAGCAGAUGCGGGCUAUUGAAUUGAUUCUAUAUAAGUUAGCAGAAGACCCUCAUUACAUGCAGUCCAUGAAUGCACCAUUCCAAUAUGCAGCUGUUUAUGUCGGAAUGAACUAUGGGCCACCAAGCGGAGUUGGAGGAAGAUAUCCGAAUAACCGACAUCAGAACAAGGAAGACAGAAACAAUACUGUGACUAUUGGUGUUGCGGAUGAGCAUGUUGGGUUAGUCCUGGGGCGCAAUGGUAGGAGCAUAAUGGAGAUCAGUCAGCUUAGUGGUGCCAGAAUAAAGAUAUCGGAUAGGGGUGAUUUCUUGUCCGGUACGUCUGACAGGAAGGUAACUAUCACUGGAUCACAAAGAGCAAUUCGCACGGCUGAGUCCAUGAUAUCUCGGAAAAUAGCUAAUGUUUCUGAGAGAAACACGGUUGGAGAAGACCUUCCAUUUGAGGAGCUCAGCAUAAAUACAGUACAUUAAGGAAUAUUUGGAAGCAACAUUGUGGGGAUAAUUGUCGCAAUUGAUAAAAUUGACUGAAUAUAUACGGUAUUAUACAGUUGUAAUUCUUCAAUAGCUAGCACUCAGUUGACAAUUCUGAAGUGUCUUGUGGUUUGUUAGAUACAAAACAUUUGUUCCUUAUGUCUCGUAGAGGAAGUCAUUGUCAUCAGCAGGAGUCUUGGCAGCUUGCAGGAGAGCAUGUAUGAGAGUUAUGCGAGAUGUGAAAAUUGUUAGACUUCCGGCUUUGGAGCAAUUUUCGUAUUUUAUGACUGAAAAAUACUUUAAUGUGGUAAACUUAAAUAGUACGUAGGUAUAGUUUCUCUGGUUGCAAUCGACAUUUUCAUUUUAUGCUAUAUUAUUUAGUGAUGAUUUUGUUGGAGA